CUCCACGGUCUCCAUCCUAUCAGAAGAACAGUGCUGCAGUAUCACUAGAAGUCCUUAAAAGAAGUCUAUCUCCGCCUACCGGAGAUCAAAGUCACACAUCGUCACCAGAGACGACUGAUCUGCCGUCGUCACUUACACUUGCAAAAUAUGAACCACCUGUUAUAUCACCAUCCACCUUCGGUCAGAGCCUGGAGCAAGCUGCAGUCGAGCCCCAGCGGAGUCCUGCGUCCCCUCCAGCCGAGCCCCAGCGGAGUCCUGCGUCCCCUCCAGCCGAGCCCCAGCGGAGUCCUGCGUCCCCUCCAGCCGAGCCCCAGCGGAGUCCUGCGUCCCCUCCAGCCGAGCCCCAGCGGAGUCCUGCGUCCCCUCCAGCCGAGCCCCAGCGGAGUCCUGCGUCCCCUCCAGCCGAGCCCCAGCGGAGUCCUGCGUCCCCUCCAGCCGAGCCCCAGCGGAGUCUUGCGUCCCCUCCGGCCGAGCCCCAGCGGAGUCUUGCGUCCCCUCCGGCCGAGCCCCAGCGGAGUCCUGCGUCCCCUCCGGCCGAGCCCCAGCGGAGUCCUGCGUCCCCUCCGGCCGAGCCCCAGCGGAGUCCUGCGUCCCCUCCGGCCGAGCCCCAGCGGAGUCCUGCGUCCCCUCCGGCCGAGCCCCAGCGGAGUCCUGCGUCCCCUCCGGCCGAGCCCCAGCGGAGUCCUGCGUCCCCUCCGGCCGAGCCCCUGCGGUGCACUGCGUCCCCUCCGGCCGAGCCCCAGGGGUGUCCUGCGUCCCCUCCGGCCGAGCCCCAGGGGAGUCCUGCGACCCCUCCGGCCGAGCCCCUGCGGUGCACUGCGUCCCCUCCGGCCGAGCCCCAGCGGUGUCCUGCGUCCCCUCCGGCCGAGCCCCAGGGGAGUCCUGCGUCCCCUCCGGCCGAGCCCCAGGGGAGUCCUGCGUCCCCUCCAACCGAGCCCCAGGGGAGUCCUGCGUCCCCUCCUGCCGAGCCCCAGGGGAGUCCUGCGUCCCCUCCGGCCGAGCCUCAGGGGAGUCCUGCGUCCCCUCCGGCCGAGCCCCAGGGGAGUCCUGCGUCCCCUCCGUCCGAGCCCCAGGGAGUCCUCGUCCCCUCCGGCCGAGCCCCAGCGGAGUCCUGCGUCCCCUCCGGCCGAGCCCCAGGGGAGUCCUGCGUCCCCUCCGGCCGAGCCCCAGGGGAGUCCUGCGUCCCCUCCGGCCGAGCCCCAGGGGAGUCCUGCGUCCCCUCCGACCGAGCCCCAGGGGAGUCCUGCGUCCCCUCCGACCGAGCCCCAGGGGAGUCCUGCGUCCCCUCCGACCGAGCCCCAGGGGAGUCCUGCGUCCCCUCCGGCCGAGCCCCAGGGGAGUCCUGCAACCGAAACCUAUAGGAGUCUUGUUGAGACUCUGAGUACUGCUUCACCUUCUUCCGACACUCAUCAGAGUCCAUCAACACCUUCAGAGGAGACGCAUAAGAUUCCUACUAUGCCUCCAAGUGAGACUCAUCUGAUUCCUGCAAGAACUCCAGCUGAGACCCAUCAGAUUCUUGUUGAGACUCAGAGUCCAGGAUCACCUUCAUCCGAGACCCAUGAGUGUCCAUUGACGGCUCCAGCCACGACCCAUGAGAGUACUGUAAGAACACCUGCCGAGACUCAUCAGAGUCCAUCAUCAACACCCUCAACCAAGACCCAUCCGAAUUCUGUAUCACCUCCAGUGGUACAUCAGAGUUCUGCAUCCCUUCCACCAGGGAUGAAUCAACUCUUACCAGAUGAGGCUGAAGUCUCUGGUGAAUUUUCUCUAAACAUGGCACAAAGUCCUUCCUCCACUACAGAGGAGCCCCUUAAGAAUCAUGUAGUAGAGAACUCCAGUAUUGUCCUAAACCAUCUUUCAAACACCCUGUGUCAGAGCCCUUCAGCACCUCAAGGGGAGGCCCAUUGGAGUGUUGCAGUACCAGCAGAUGAUUUUCCUCAGACCUCUACUAAACUUGCUUCACCAAUUCUAGAGGACAGCCAUCCAAAUCUUGGAUCAUCUCCAGAGCACAGCCACCAAAGUUCCUCAUGCCCUGUACAAGAUCCUAAUAAAAAUGAUGCAUCAUCUCUAGAGGAGACCCAUAAGAGUCUUCUAUUAUCCCUAAAAAUGGCUCAAUCCCAUAGAAACCUUGUUCCAUCAGCAGAUGAAAAGGUUGCUGGUCAGGUCCAGCAGGCUUCUUCAGUGGAGACCAAAAACAACCAGGGACCAUCUUUAAAAGAGACCCUCUCACCCUCCCUACAGACAACCCAUCAAAGUUUGCUGCUCUCUUCUGAUCAGCAGAUUCCUCCAAUGUCUCCCCUAAAGUCUCAGCAACCAUCUGUGGAGUCUCCUGGUGAGAAAUAUGAAACUCCUGCUCCAUCUUCAGAAGGCACCCAUCAAUCUGGUCCACUCCCUAGACACAUGUGUACAAGUCCAGAACCAUUACUAAAAGGUUCUGCUCCUUCUUCUGGGCAGACUUGCCAGAUUCAAGAAACUCCUCUGAAGAACUCGGGUGAAGGUUUGGUUCCAUAUCCAGAGGCCGAUCUCCAAAAAUCUCCUAAAAAUCUCAAACGAGAUCAUCCACCAUCUCUUGAAAAUACAGAAGACUGUCCUGAAUUAAACCUAGUAAACUUCUCAGAAGUAACAGCUUUGUUGCCUAAAGAGAUCCAUCCAAGUUCUGCUGAACUACCAGAUUGCCAAGAAAGUAGUGAUAGAGAUCACCAGGACAGCUUCAGUCCAGCACAUUGUAUGUCGAGCUCAACAUUAUCUCACCCUGCUUCCAUUGACCAACAGUCACCACACUGUCAGUCAGAAAACCAGGAAUGUACCCUGUCCCACCAACUUGAACCUGAAAGUCUUCUUCAAUCUCAGGCCAGUUCAACAGGAUUUGAGUUUGGUUCAGUGUCCUCUCGUCUUAGUCCAACCAAAAGGUCCCCUGUAAAGGUUCUUCAGAGUUCUAAGCUCAGUUUGAACUCUCCUUCUUCUGAACUGGACUUCACAGAGGACCAACUGGGUACUCAAUUUCUGCAGGAACAUCUGGUUAAUAACCCUCAGCCACAGAGUCUGAGUACAUCAGGGCUGAGUCCUACCAGGUUUCAACAAGGAUACCAUCUGGAACCUGAGGCACUGCAACAGAGACCAUGCAGUCCAACAAGCAUCGUGAACUCCCAACCCAACCAUAAAUUGGAAGCUGAUGCAUCUUAUUCGCAAACUCCCAGAACACUGGACCGCACAACUACUGGCUCAGACCUUCCACAGAAUCUCUGUAAUCUGAACCCUAAAUCACCACAGAUAUCUGGCACAUCUACCAAGAUGGCACUUGGAUCCUAUUCCGCUCCUUGUAGCCCUCACCCUCUCCUGGGGAAAUCUAGACACCACAGUUCUUCACAACCUGCAAGUCCGACUCAGCACCACUACAACAAGAUGGUCAGGCAAAGUAUUGACUCUGGUAGACUGAAACUGGAAGGCUUAGAAUACACCCAUCACUCCUCUACAGUGCAAUCUGCUGAGAACUGCCGGCCUCACAUCCCUUCCCUUCAGAUGCCAGAAAGCCUUGAAAACAGUAGCACUUCUCUUGAACACAGUAGCCUAACUUACUCAUCUUGUGUCCUGAACACAAAGAUAAACCAGAGUCCUUACAAAAGUCUGUCACCCUGUACAAGUGAUAGUUCCAAACAAGCUGAGCCAAUGCCUACAAUGCCUACAAACCCUGCCUUCUGUCUCAAAGUCUUGCCAAUACAGACAGAUCCCACGCCACACUCAGCAAGUCUUAUACUAGCUAAGUCCUCAACACAACAAGAUGGCACAAAGUCUCCAUCAUUAAUUGAAGCACAACUGGCUCAACCUGGUGACUCCAUUUCUGGUCAGGGUAAGGAUAUAGAGCUCCACCCAGAUAGACUGGUCCAUACUGAGGCCCUUAUAAACUUUGGUCCCACACAAGUUCACAGCUGUGCAGUGACAUCUUCUACCCAUACUCUGUCAGCUUGUAGUUCUGUUGCCAGCAGUCUGACUAGUAUUCCCACAAGUGGUGUCUCUCCAAUGACUAGUCAUGCUGGUCAAGCUAAUAUUUGUAUAGUACAAACACCCAUUAGCCCACUUCAGAGUCAAACUCUGGAUGGGACAGUGCCCCACAGACCCAUGUCCAACCCUGGAACCAGUCCCGGCUUUUGUCAAUCUCCCUACAGCCCGGGCCCUCUGUCAGAUUGGGUCCAGGCGGUUGAUCUUUCUAUCCAAAGUGCUGCUGUGCCCUCUUACUCUGUUACUCUGGAUGCUGGUGCUGUCCAAACAGCAGAACCCAAUGAAGGGUCCCAGAAACCUGGUGACCCUGCUCAGUCUACUCAAAGCCUCACGAGUCCCUCAGGCUCUGUCCACCCACAGGUUAUCCCUCCAUCUGUAGUAUUGACUUCAAUGUUUCAGGCUCCAGUUAGCUUUGUUAGAACUUCACAAGAAUGUUCUGUCCUUGGGGGGUUGGGUUCAGAAAGUCCUCAUGCUGGCCCCAUACCAGGUCCUGUGCAGCUGAAGCCAAGUUCUGAUAGGAGUACCGUUGGUUCAUUGUCUCCAGAGUCUUGUUCUGAUCUUGGUUCUGAUUUUGGUCCUGGUCCUGGACAGCAACAGUUCAGUCUUGAUCCAGGUAACCAUGUUCAGUCAGUAGCUUGCUCUGAACAUGAGCUUGAUUGUGGUGGUUCUGGUGUGGACUUUAGCCUUAUACCUGAACAGCCUAGUUCUGGACAUGGUUGUGGACCUGCUGGAGCAGAGCAGAGGAUUGCUGAGGAAGACCAAAGGGAAGCAGCGAAAGAGAAUCCAGAAAAUGAGGUUAAUCCUGCUGAGAUGACUGAGGUACAAGGAGACGACGAGGAGAGUAGCCCAACACUGGGUCCAGUCUGUCCUCCAGGCCCCUCCUUCCCAUCAGUCUCCCUGUCCUCCUGUCCUCGCUCUCAGGCCAUGGCCCCUAAACUUGUUGCCAUGGCAACAGAAUCAACCAAAGAUGGACACCAGUUCCACUGCGAGCUUUCAGAGAAGCAGGAGAUAGGGACCGCAGAGAGACACCAGCCAGUCAGAGAUGAGGAAGCGGGACCAGAUGAGGAGGAGACCUCAGAUGGCCCAAUUCUGGAUCUGGACCAAUCCCUGGACUUGGAGGUGAUGGAGCUGAUGACCUCAGCUGCACCUCCCGCCUCCCGCAGAGGAAAGUGGCGGAGCCUAAGGCCCCUCCCCUCCUGGUCCCGCCCCUCAGAUGACCUCUCCAUCCGUCUACGGCAGUCUCCAUUUUCCACUGAGGCGUCCCCCGAGACCUCACCUGCUCGGACCCCGGUCACUCCUCCACCUCUGACUCCACCAACUCCUCCAUCCUCCAGAGAAACGCCACCCCCUACCCAGGCUCCACCCACUGCUGUGUUCCUGCUGACCCCAAAGAUUGGCAUGGGAAAGCCUGCCAUCUCCAAGAGGAAGUUCUCCCCUGGCAGGGCGCGUUCCCGGCAGGGUUCGUGGUGCAGCAGCCGCAGGGCGCCGAGCCCUCCCUCAUCCUCCCAGGAUUCCACAGGGGAGGGAGGUUGGAGCCCUAAACCCCGCCCACCAGACUCUCCUCUGUGGAGCAUGAAAGUGGGUCGGGGUUCAGGGUUUCCAGGCAGGAAGCGGUCCAGAGGUGGAGCUGCUGGUGGCGGAAGAGGAGGAAGAGGCAGGAGUCGGCUGAAGGCUCAGGACAGCCUCACUGUGCUCCCUGGGGGAAGCUAUGUGGAGACAUUUCAGGCAAAGGAGGAAGAGGAAAACUCCAUGCACAACACGGUGGUGAUGUUCUCCACCUCGGACCAUUUCACUCUCAAACAGGACAUGUGCGUGGUUUGCGGCAGCUUCGGUCGGGGCUCAGAGGGCCGCCUGCUGCCCUGCUCCCAGUGCGGCCAGUGUUACCAUCCUUACUGUGUUGGCGUCAAGAUUACUCGGGUGGUGCUCACCAAAGGCUGGCGCUGCCUGGAGUGCACAGUAUGUGAAGCGUGUGGCGACGCUUGCGACCCCGCCCGCCUGCUGCUCUGUGACGACUGUGACAUCAGCUACCACACCUACUGCCUGGACCCGCCCCUCCUCACCGUGCCCAAGGGCUCCUGGAAGUGCAAGUGGUGUGUGUGGUGUGUGCUGUGUGGCUCCACCUCGCCGGGGCUGCGCUGUGAUUGGCUGAACAACUACAGCCUUUGCGGGCCGUGUGGCAGCCUCAGCCAGUGUCCCGUCUGCCAGCGGCGCUAUGCACAGGAUGAUCUGGUGAUGCAGUGCCAGCAGUGCGACAGGUGGGUCCACGGCGUCUGUGAGGGUUUGACCUCGGAAGAAGAGGUGGCGCUCGCUGCCGAUGAAGGUUUUGACUGCUCUCUGUGCCGCGCCUCCUCAGGGAGGGUGGAGCCUCUGGGUUCCUUCAUGACUCAGAUGAUGUCCAGAACCAGAGAAGUGGACAUGAAGACGUAUACUCAGGAUGGCGUCUGCCUAACCGAGUCCGGUCUGACUCACCUGCAGGCCCUAGUUCAGCCUCUCACAUCACCGCGCAAGUGCCGCAGGUGUAAACCAAAGUUGAAGCUGAGGAUCAUCAACCAGAACAUUGUCUCCGUCCUGCAGACGCCACCGGACCCAGAGACCCUCACCGAGCCAGACCAGAACCGAGCUUUGUCUGCAGGUGACCUGGACUGUGACAUGAAAUCUGACUCCAGUCCCGAGCGGGACGCCGCUCACCUUGAUGACGUCACCAAGGAGCCAGACAUCACAGACGACAACAAGAAGAGGAAGAGGAAACCAUAUAGGCCAGGUAUCGGGGGCUUCAUGGUGCGUCAACGUGGAGGAAAAGCCGGACUCUGCAGGAAGGACUCAUCAGAGAUGAAUCUGAGUCGAGAUCCAGGUGUGUUGGAGACUGAUGUUUCCAUAGAAACGAUGUCUGCUGCUGAGCAGGCAAUGGAGAAAGUUAAGAAGAGAUACAGGAAGAAGAAGACCAAGCUGGAGGAGGCAUUCCCAUCGUACCUGCAGGAGGCUUUCUUUGGCCGGGAUCUGCUUGACCGCAGCCGACAGAUUGAUGGAAGGCCGAGGACGGUGACCUCAGGUGCCAGCCAAUCAGGAUCGGCAGUGAAUGUCCCCAAGGCCCCCCCCCUCAGAGCACCUGGCCCCGCCUCCUCUGUCCAGGCUCCUAGGACAGUAGCAACCAGCAGGAAACAGGGAGUGCUGCCCGUUUCGGAGGAAGUGCUGCUGGACCUUUCUGAUGUCCUAAAAACAGAUCCUCACAUCCUGGGGACAGGACGCACAGGUCAGUUCCAGGUGGAGCGCUCUCCGUCUCCCUUUGCCGGCCUGGAUAUCACCUCGGCGGCCAACGACCCUCCCCUGUCAUCAGACAACCCUGGAAGUUGUGGGGGUUGCCAGAGGAUGGAGCGGGAGGAGCCUUUGGAUGCUAUCUUGAGCCCUGAACUGGACCAGAUGGUAACAGAUGGAGGGAUCCUGAGCAGACUCUACAAGAUCCCAGAACUGGAGGGGAAGGAUGUAGAGGAGGUCUUCACUGCUGUUCUGAGUCCAAACAGCAGCAGUCAGCCAGAGCCCAGCAAGACCCACGGCUCAGCGUUUUCUCGGCUGCCGGUGAUGAAUGGCCUGAUGGCCGCCGUUCCUUCCCUCCCCAACGCUUCCAGUGGAGGCAGCCGUCUGCUUGGCUUCAGCUUGCCUUCUGAGGGCCCCGCCCCCUCCUCUGCCUCAGCCAAUCGGCCGUCAGCUGUAGAAGGGGAGCAGGAUGUGAUGUCGACAGCUCAGAGAGGGACAUUGAAGUGGGAGAAGGAGGAGAGCCUGGGAGAGCUGGCGACCGUGGCUCCGGUUCUUUACUGCAACACCAACUUCCCUCAGCUGAAGCAGCAGUACCCCGAUUGGUCCACUAGAGUGAAGCAGAUCACCAAGCUGUGGAGGAAGGCCAGCUCCCAGGACAGAGCACCCUUCGUGCAAAAAGCUCGGGACAACCGGGCGGCCCAGCGCAUCAACAAGGUGCAGCUGUCUAAUGAGUCACUGCAGCGCCUGCAGCCGCCGCCACCACCGCCACCCCAGGGGGUCUAUGACCCCAUCGCCAUGGAGACGGAGGCCGGCUGCAGAGACCCGCUGAGGCCCAGGGAAUCAGAGCAGGAGCAGGAGUGGAAGUUGAGACAGAUAAUGCGACAGAAGAGCAAGCAGCUGGCCAAGAUGGAGGCAACCCAGAAGCUGGAGCAGGUGAAGAACGAGCAGCGGCAGCAGCAGCUCCGCCAGUCAGGACGUCUGUCCCCAGAAGGCCCCGCCCACCAGCAUGUUGCCGGGAGCAACGCCACGCAGAGCAGGCAGAACCUCCCGCAGGAUGUGGGGACACUGGACGAUGUCUUCCUCAGACCUCAAGUUCCCGCCCCCUCUGGGUUCUCUUCACUCCCUCACUCCCCUUUGGGCUCCUCCCCCCUCCACCAGCCACCAUCUUCUCCCCAGAUGUUCUCCCCCUCCUCCUCCCGCCCCUCCUCACCCUGGGACCCAUAUAGUAAAGUAGCAGGUCCCCGUCAUCCUCAGCGCCUCGGCUUCCUCAGCGUCUCCCCCGCUCAUGAUGGCUCCCCUGCACUGUCCCCUGACCUGUCUGCCUCCGGUUUGCCACCAAGUCGGGCCGGCAUGGUGAUCCCCUCUUCCAGCUCUCCCCCCGACCAAUCUCUCAGAUCCGUCCGGGCGGGGGACUCUAGCCAGAGGACGAGCCAGGGUGGAGUGUUUAAAGCGCCCAUGCCCCCACACCAGGAGGCAACGGGAAGGAGAGACCUGGGGUUCCCCAACAGCCCGGUGUCAGGUCUGGGCUCCCCCCAACGCAGCCCUUAUGCCUCGGGGACACCCCAGCUGGGAGACGCCCCAGGUUCACGGCCCUCCCCUGACCCUUUCAGGGACCCUCAGACACCCGGUACACCACACCCUCACUCUGACUGCGGCUACCUUGCCAUGCCCACAGGACUGAGAGCGGACCCAGUCAGUCAACCGUCACCAUCCAGCCUGGACUCUUAUCCCUCCAAUCCAGGAACGCCCCGCUCCUCUGAACGAUUCCCACGGUCCCCGGGGUCUCAGCGAAACGUCGAUUUAUUCCCCCAGUCUGUGGGGACGCCUCGCCCCCCUCCUGAGCCAUAUCUGCAGCUGCCCUCUGCCCCCAGGGCUCAGAAGACCCUGGCAGAGAGCCUCACUGCCCCGCCUACAGCGUCAGCUUCCUCCCCUCUGGGUCCUGGACUGAUGGCAGAGAUGGGGGCCCCCAAGUUUCAACAGUCUCCAGGAAGCAGACAAGAGUCGUUGCUCAGAACCUGCAGCAGCCUGACCCCGAAGCACCCUGCGACACCUGAGAAGGGAGUCGUCCAUGCAACAGGUCAGGAUCCUCUGGAGAAGGGUCUCAUAACGACCAGCAUGUCAGGAACCAGUGACCUGUCCUCUCUGGAUGGAGGGAGGAGCAUGCUGCCUCAGCUUGGAGACUCUGAGGAGAAACUACAACAGCGCCUGUGGCUCCGGCAGCAUAUCCUCCGGCAGCAGCACCAAAAGAUUGCCUUACGCCAGGAGAAAGGUUUGCUGGAACCCACCUCAGGACCUGCUGGUUCUAGUGGCACCCUUCACAGCUGGUCUGCUGAGGACUCUUCCAGUGCCCCUCCUCCAGACCCAUUUGAACGCCCUCCACCGCCGUACCCUGGUACAGUGAGACCUCUGACUCCUGGGUUUACGGGAUGUCUUCCAGGCGAGGAGAUGAGUGGCUUUCAUCCCAGCGAGGCGUCCCUCCCCAGACAAAACCUCCUGAGAGGACCAGCUGUCAGGUCUGGUGUUCCUCAUGGAUCCCUACAGGACCCCUCAGCACGUCCAUCCUUUGGUCCUGCUGUGGGGCUCGGCUCCAUGGAAGGGAACCUGGUCCAAAUGAGGAGGCCUGUGCCAGCAGAGUUCACCAGUAUUCGGUCAUUGAUGCCCCACAACUCAGCAACACACAUGGCGCCAGGUGUUCCCCAACUCAUUGUCCAGCGACCUCCUCCUCCUCAGCAGCACGGCGUCAUGCCCUACAUCGAGCUCCGACACCGCCCCCCAGAGAAUCGUCUAAGGCUGCCCUUUCCCCCACCGAUGCCUUCAGAGCUACAGGAAGCCUCGCCCACCAGAGACCCCUCCCAGUCCACUGCGCCACGUCCGGGUCCAGUCAAGAUGGGGGAGGCAGGGCUGGGGCAGCAGCACCUGGGUUCUGCUCUCCCAGGAUCUGAGGGGAUUGAGGAGCACUUAGAGGGAGAGGACUCUGCUGUAAAGGAUUUGGAAGACGUGGAGGUCAAGGAUCUGGUGGACCUGAAUCUGAAUCUGGACCCAGAGGAUGGUAAAGAAGACCUGGACCUGGGUUCGAAUGAUCUGCACCUGGAUGACUUCCUGCUGACAGGGAAGUUCGACCUGAUUGCCUAUGCUGACCCAGAGCUCAAUUUGGAGGACAAAAAAGACAUGUUCAAUGAAGAACUGGACCUUGGGGAGCCGGUAGAGGACCGGGAGGGGAGCCGACCCGCCAGGAAAAUGGAAAGCCCCGCCCAUUUUCUGGGUCAGCCAAAACAGGAAUUGAAGGACUCUCAGAAGACUGAAGGUCACUCUUCAAACAGGCCUCAAGGAGCUCACUCUGCCCUUCUAAUCAAGGAGAAGCUGGAGGACUCUGGUUUGGUUUCCUGUCCAGUCCCAGCCCAGACCUUGUCCUCUGUCCACCCUCUAAUAACUCCAGGGGAAUCAUCCGUCUUCCACCAUAAACCAUUUGGACCCACACCAAUCCCCCAACCGAUUCCUUCCGGUCCUGCUCCUCAGGAUGCCCCCACCAUGCCUCAAUCUCCAUCAACCCAACCUCCUCAGCCUCGACUUUUAAACCCCCAGAACCAUCCUCCUCAUCUAGGCACUGAAACUCAGAGCAUGAGCUCGGUCAGCUUUCCUGAGAACCAGGUCUCCCUCCAGAACCAGAACAAGUCCAGGCCUCUCCUGCUGGAGGAGCAGCCACUCCUCCUGCAGGAGCUUCUGGACCAGGAGCGGCAGGAGCAGCAGCAGCAGAAACAGAUGCAGGCCCUGAUCCAACAUAAGUCUGGCUCAGAGUCUGGAGUCUCCGACAUGGAUUUUGAGUCCAUCUCUGACCCAAUCAUGAAGGCUAAGAUGCAGGCUCUGAAAGGUAUUAACAGGGUGAUGAGUCAGGGACCCCUGGGCCUGAACCCAAUGGUCAUCAACAGGUUCCAGCAGAGUCCAGGAGCCCCAGGUCCUGAGGCAACUCCUCCCAUUCCUCACCUACCAGGACAGGACGGGAAGUUAACCCCUCAACUAAUGUGCCGCAACCCUCCCAGCUUUGGACCCGGCUUCAUCAAUGAGUCUCAGAGGCAGCAAUACGAGGAGUGGCUAGGUGAGACACAGCAGCUCCUGCAGAUGCAGCAGCGCCUCCUAGAGGACCAGAUUGCAGCUCACCGCAAGGCCAAGAAGGCUCUUUCAGCGAAGCAGAGAACGGCCAAGAGGGCGGGCCGAGCCUUUGCUGAAGAGGAUGCAGCCCAGCUGCAGUACAUCAGUGAACAGCAGGGGGCAGUCCAGAAACAGCUGGAGCAGAUCCGGAAGCAGCAGAAGGACCACACUGAACUGAUUGAAGACUACAGGACCAAACAACCUCAGAGGAUGCUGCAGAUGCCCCCCCAGAUGCCCUUGGGGCAAGUCCUGGUCCCCCUUAAGCCCCGCCUGGGCGGCGCUGCUCCAGGUCACCAUCCAAACAUCCCCUCAGGCUGGACUCCAGGGUCUGGUCCUCCCAUGGGUCAGAGGAUGCUUCCACAGCUUCCAGCCCACAUGCCCCCCAACCUGCCUAACUGUCCCCGGGCCCCCCCUCUCAUCCAAACGACUCUGCCCAUGAAGCCAGUCCUGACCACCCCAACACCAGGCUUAACUACCCCCCAGGGCUCCCUAGGGGGCGCCAAUGGAGCGUCAGGGGAUGGAACCACACCUCAGGUGAAAUUUGAUGACAACAACCCGUUCAGCGAAGGUUUCCUGGAGCGUGAAAGGAGGGAGCGCUUGAGAGAGCAGCAGGAGCGGCAGAGGGUUCAGCUGAUGCAGGAGGUGGAGCGUCGGCGCGCUCUGCAGUGGAGUCUGGACCAGCAGGACCUCUGCGGGUCCAGAGCAGACGGUGUUCCUGGGAAACGCGGACCAGUUCCUGGUGGAGGAGCUGGACAGGUCAGCAGCGAGGAUCGUCUGUCUCAGGGAGCAUUCUGCAGCACCGAACCUGGACUGGGCUUCCUUCCUUCCUCCUCGGCCUCCAGGCAUCAGAUCCAAGGACGUACCGGGGGCGCCAUCCUGCACCAAGGCUUCCCAGGAGGUUCCCUGCCCCCCAGGGCCACCCCCACCGUAGCUCUCCAUCCUGAUGUUGCCGCAGAGCGAGGCAGCCUCCAGUUCAGGCCCAGGAUGUUGGGACUGCCACGUCCAGCGGGGAUCACUCCUCACCUGUUGGGACACGACUCUUCCUCGUCUUCACCAUUGACCCCACACCCCCAUUCCUCUUCUGGAGGCCUUGCCUCCCUCGCUGAUAUCAUCCCUGACGACAAACCAAAGAACAGGAGAUCGAACAGAGCUGAGGAAGGAGCCAGAACUCCUCUGUCGCCACACUCUGAUAUCACAGCUCCACCCACUCCGGCUUUUUCAGACAAGUCCUGCUCUACACCCACCCACCAACCAGACACUGCCUUCUCCGGCCUGGCUUCUUCACCUGACAUAGAGAGGCAGCACAGAGGCCCUGUGUCUGAGGGCAGCCUGGAAGUCAAGGAGGAGCUGAUGGAGGCGCGGCCCUGCCGGGGUAUCCCUGUGAAGGUAGAGGAGGCUGGGGAAGACUGCUUCUCCUCCCCCGCCUCUCACGGGGGAGAUGGAGGGAAGGAGCUGCUCCGACACCUUCUGAGGGACAAAACGUCGCCCGUAACAAUGACGACUCCCUCCAGGCCGGCUGCACACCGGCAACUGUCCAAUGACGGCGUGCGAUCCGAGGAAGAAGAUGAACCAGGUUUCCGUGGCAACAUGGUGCCACUGGUGGACGGCCCAAAGAAAAUUAAGCGCACCAAGAGAUUGAUUCUACCUGACAAAGACAGAGCUCCGUCCAAGUCCAAAAGGAGGAGGAAGGAGGAGGAUGAUGAAGACAAGAGCUCCUCCUCUGACUCACUGAUGACCCAGCUGAGUCAGCUGUCAGUGCUGCCACUCAUGGAGCCCAUCCUGGGUGUAGACCUGAGCCUCUUCCCCCCAUAUGGCAGCUCCUCUAUAGGCAGAGACUCCCUGCUGAGAGGCUCCUUUGGGAAUGCCUCUUUGGAUGGCGCCUCAGACUUCUACUCCCAACUCGUCUAUAAGAACAACCUCAGUAACCCCCCCACACCUCCGGCAUCUCUGCCCCCCACUCCUCCACCUGUAAGCAGACAGAAGAUGGUGAACGGCUUUGCCACGAUGGAGGAGCUGACCAGGAAGGAAUUGAGCGAGCAGGAAGGUGAGCUUCAGGUGCUGUGUUGGGAUGCAAAAGUCUUUAUCUGUGCUGACGGCUCCUUGUUCUCCCCCUCACUGACAGGCUUGCCAACUCUUAAGCACAAAGAUGAUGAGCUUCUCAAUCUAAACCACGCCUCCAAGACCGUAGAUGUCCCUGCAUCCCUGCCAACGCCGCCCCACAACAACCAAGAGGAGCUCAGGGUUCAGGAGUCGUUGGAGUGCCACAGUCCAGAGGGGUUUGUCCCGUCCUCAUCUCCAGAGAGCGUGGUGGACAUGGAGGUCAGCAGGUACCCUGACCUGUCUUUCAUCAAGCUGGAGCAGCCCUCGCCCUGCCCUUCACCUACAUUACCCAUCAUUCCCUGCACCUGGGGCAAAGGCUUUUCAGUGAAACAGGAAGUGAAGACAGAACCACAUCUCCAAGUGCAGUCCACUUGCUCCAGCACAGACCUGGUUACCAUAGCGAUCACUCUGAACCCGGCCGCCUCUCAGAACGUCCCGGGUGUGAUGGCGGCGGUGGCGGCACUCCUCAGGGUACCCGGCCCCAUCAACUACCAGCUGAGCCGAGCGCCGGCACUAGAGCGGAGCAACCUGGCCCUGCUGGCAGGAGUGCGUGUGCCGAUGUUGCAGGGUUCAGCGGCAGCCAGAUUGCAGAGAGCGCCACCUACUGCCAGAAACUCGCCCCCCUGCUGCAGCCGUUGCAAAAGACUGCUGGUAAACGGAGUUCACUAUAGAAAGGAUGGUGAGUCCAGAGACGUACCCGGUUUGGUGUUUUGCAGUCCAACCUGCUCUGCUCUAUUUGAGUCAGAGCAGCAGAAUCGCUCUGCAAGACUCAAGCCUGCGGUGCCGGUGCUUCUGGAUGGUUCUAGCUCGACUCCUCUCAGUAGAACACAGCACCAGUACGCCAACAACAUGUCCUCCAUUGCUGUCCAUUCUCUCCCACGCACCGACUCUUCCUGCUGCUCUCCUUCCUCCUCCUCACCACCACUUGCCUUUCCACCUGCGUCUGCUAUUACCAUGGAGACUAGGCUCCACCCCGACAGCCUCAAGGUCAAAGUCAAGCUAAAGCCCCGUCCACGGACCGUGUCAGGUGAUGACUCUGUGUGUCCUCAAAAUUUGAAGAAGAUGAAGAUUUCUCGGUGGAGACGCUGGAGCUUCAGCAUCACUCUCAACAGGGGUUCCCGUGUUGCUAACGAGGCGGGUGCCACUCCGACAGAAGAACAAGUAGACGAGCUUCUGAAGGAGUUUGGAGCAUGCCUGCGUCCCGACCCGCUGCCUAGAGACCAGCGUAAGUGCUGCUUCUGCCAUCAGCAGGGGGACGGUCUGACGGACGGCCCUGCCCGGCUCCUCAACCUGGACCUGGACCUCUGGGUGCACCUGAACUGCGCUCUGUGGUCCAGCGAGGUGUACGAGACGCAGGCGGGCGCACUUAUCAAUGUAGAGCUGGCGCUGCGGCGGGGCCUGGCGGUCCGCUGCGCCCACUGCAGCCAUAGCGGCGCCACAACCGGCUGCAACCGGCUCCGCUGCACCAACACCUAUCACUUCACCUGUGCCCUGCAGGCCCACUGCACCUUCUUCAAGGAUAAGACCAUGCUGUGCUACCUCCAUAAGCCCAGGACAAUUUCUGUGAGCGGGGACAGGUCAUCCAGCUCCUCCCCUUUCUCCACGCCUGGCCCGACCUCCGACCCCAAUCCUGGCGCCGACCCGUAUGACUCGGAGCUGCGUUGCUUUGCCGUAUUUCGACGAGUCUUUGUGCAACGGGACGAGGCGCGGCAGAUCGCCGCUGUCGUGCAGCGGGGCGAGCGGCAGCACACCUUCCGUGUUGGCAGCUUGCUGUUCCGCGCCGUUGGCAGGCUCCUCCCACAGCAGAUGGAUGCCUUCCACAACGAGGCUGCCAUCUUCCCAGUCGGUUACCAUGCCAACCGCUUCUACUGGAGCAUGCGCUACAGCAACAGACGCUGCAAGUACCUGUGCUACAUCGAGGAGCAUGAAGCCCGGCCGCUGUUCAAGGUCAAGGUGGUAGAGAAAGGUCACGACGACGUCGUCCUGACGGGGGCCACGCCUACAGCGGCGUGGGCCCAGGUUCUGGAGGCGGUGGCCCAGAUGAGGAGCUGCAGCGGGACUCUGAAGCUAUUUCCUGUUUACCUGAAAGGAGAGGAACUGUUCGGCCUGAAGACAUCUGCCGUGACCCGGAUCAUUGAGUCUUUGCCGGGGGUCGAGGCGUGUGAGCGCUACACUUUUCGCUACGGCAGGAAUCCCCUUAUGGAAUGGCCUCUGGCCUUCAACCCGUCCGGCUCGGCUCGCUCUGAACCCAAGGCCUGCCAGGCCAAGAGACCUUACCUGCUGACCAGUGUGGCCGCCAGGUGUCAGGGCUCAGUGGGCUCCAUUGUCGGCCUUGUUCCCGGCGUCCUCUCUUUGUCUCCUGGCGAGUCGGUGGCUGCUGGUCAUCAGGGCCGCCACUCCAAGUCGGCCCAGUACCGCCGCAUGAAGGCGGAGUGGAAGAGCAACGUGUACCUGGCUCGCUCUGGCAUCCAGGGACUGGGGCUGUAUGCUGCCAGAGACAUCGAGAAAUGCACAAUGGUCAUUGAGUACAUUGGGACAAUAAUCAGGAGCGAGGUCGCCAACCGCAAGGAGAGGCUGUACGAGGCCCAGAACCGAGGCGUGUACAUGUUUCGGAUAGACAACGACUAUGUGAUCGACGCAACCAUCACCGGAGGACCGGCAAGGUACAUCAACCACUCCUGUGCUCCGAACUGCAUCACUGAGGUGGUCACGGUGGAAAAGGAGAACAAGAUCAUCAUCAGCUCAAGCAGACGCAUUCAGAGAGGAGAGGAGCUAUGCUACGACUACAAGUUUGACCUGGAGGAUGACCAGCACAAGAUCCCGUGUCACUGUGGAGCCGUGAACUGCCGCAAAUGGAUGAACUGAGAACAAGGAGGCCUCUGGUGCUCUGUGGGUGGAGUUAACAUAACAUCUUCACUGGUCUAUAGGCAGAGCUACCAUGACACCAUAAUAAAACUGAUUGAUUAAAUCAGAGGAAAUAAAGUUUAUACUUAAUUUACAAAUGGAAUACAUUUAUAAUCUGUUGUGGGUGGAGUCUGUGCUGACAGGGCAGAGCUUACUAAGAGGCUGGUCCUCACUGUAAAUUGGUUUUAAAUGUGAGUGUAAACGCCACUGAAAUAAGCGAAUGUGUCGUCCUUUAACUUGCACUAAAACAAAAUGACACACACAAACCUACCUGAUUCCACCACUUGGUCCUCCCCUCUUCCUCCUCCUCAUCAGUUUCCUGUAAAAUGAGAUAUUUUUUCUUUUUGUAUUUAUUAAUGAAUUAAGCUAUUUUCUAAAACUACGGUGCAUUUGAGGUCCAGUGUGACAGUGUGUAAAUAUCUGUAUCAUAAGUAAAAAGUCAGACACAAAUAUUAGAGCCCCCCCACUCCUGUGUGUGGACAGGCAUCUGUUACUUCACCCAGAGUUUAGACUGCAGGUGUCUGCUGCCGUGUAAAUAUGAGGUUUAUUCAGGCUCUGCUGUGUACAGAUAGAUGACAUGAAGCCUUGUCUGUUUUUUUAUUAAUGGAUGUAAACAAAGUGAUGUUUCUGGAAAAUAUGGUGAAUCUGAUUUAGAAUCAUUUACAGAAAAUAAAACAUUUUACAUCUUA